CAGUGAUGUCACAGGGACAGGCGAUGAGGUCACAGAGACCCUCUGGAAGGUAUCCUGGUGCCGCGGGCAGUGCUCCGGCAGUGCUGGCAGUGGCAGCAGCAGCAGCAGUUGCAGCAGAGCCAGUGUCAGUGUCAGCUCCAGUGGCAGCGUCAGAGCCAGUGGCAGCAUCAGCAGCAGAGGCAGGGACAUGGCGCGGGGGCCUGUGACCCCCACGCGCCUCUUCCUCCUCCUCCUCUUCCUCCUGCUCCUUCCAGCCCAAGAGGCCUGGGCUGCUCCAUGGAGGGCACGGGAAUUAGCUGGAGCCGACGGCCACCCGACCUCGGAGCCGCGUCUGGUGCAGGAGCCUCAGGGUCACCCCACAGGUCCUCAUGGAGCAAAGGAUAAAGCUGAGAGAAGGAAAUCCUCUCACGGGUCAUCGGGCAUCCUGAAGGAGCUGCUGAAGGAGUUGCGGAAGGCAGCACACGCGAUGGACGAGAAGGCGCUCCGGGAAGGAGGGGGUUGGGCAGUGCCCGACUCUGAUGAAGAAAUGGAGGCAACUCAAUCAACAGCGCGCUCCAAGCCCGGGGAAGGCCGCCGCGCCGGGACGGAUGACUCUUUCCCAGAGAGUCCAGGUCUGGAAGACACCAGAAACCUGUUUUCCGUGGACCCUAAAGACUUUCGGAGGCUUUGCACAGAAGGUGCCAUGGCCAUCUUGGGCUCGGUGCUGUUUGGGAUGAUCCUGUGCUGUGGGUUCUGCGUGUGGAAGCAGAGGAAAGAGCGCCUGGCCAAAGCUUCGAGAGCCCAGCACAGCUCCCCCAGCCGCCCCUCGCGCCCCGACAGCCGCUCUGCCCGUGCUGGCACCUCGGAGAGCCGGACCCAGCAGCAGCAGCCGUCGCCUGCGCCUGGAGAAGGGGCCACGGAGAAGCAGGGAGCAGCCCCCGCCAGCCCCGACGGCCGCCCGGCCAUCCCACCCCCCCCCCCGCCUCCCCCCCUGCCCACCUCGGCCAGCCGGCCCGUGGGGACCACCCCCCGCAGAAAGUGAGCCCCCCACGUCCCGCACCCCCAUCCAUACCUAAAGUAGACUCUAGGUCUUCCCCAAAUGGUUAAAACUGUAGGGAUUGGUCUUUUAGAGUAGAAACGUAGCUGGUUUUAGUGACCCUCCUAUAAGGACUUAGGUAAGAAAGGAUGUUUGUGGCCUGGAGAACAAGGACACAAUAAAGAUGGACUUUGUUUGACAA